CACAAAAGGCUAGAGUCUCUGCACCAAAAUCCUAGUGGGAAGACAAGGCUUCAAAUUGUAGGUCGUCAUGGUUUGGAGAUUCAUACUUGUCCUCAUAUUCGCUCACACCCAACAAGUCAUUGGUUGCUACAAAUCAAUCUUCAGCUUUGGGGAUUCUCUGACUGACACCGGAAACCUGCUCCUUGCUUCCCCUGCCCAUAACCUUCCGCACUUCGCCAAACCCCCGUAUGGAGAAACCUUCUUUCAUCGUCCCACCGGAAGAUGCUCCGAUGGCCGUCUUAUAAUAGAUUUCAUCGCUGGGUUUCUUGGUCUUCCAUUAAUACACCCGUAUCUUGAAACUACGGAUCCUCGCCAGAGUGUGAAUUUCGCAAUUGUUGGAGCCACGGCGCUCGAUGAUGAAUUUUUUCAAGCGAGAAAUAUUCAUAUUCCUUAUACCAACAUAUCUUUGGGAAUUCAGUUGGGUUGGUUUAAAGAUAAGCUGCUAUCUCUUUGCCCCACAUUUUCAAAUUGCAAUGAGCUCUUUAAAAGCUCUCUGUUUCUUAUGGGAGAGAUUGGAGGUAAUGACUACGGUUAUCCAUUCUUCCAAGGAAGAAGCUUAGAAGAGAUUCGGACAUAUGUGCCUCCAGUUAUUCAUGCCAUUGCUUAUGCCAUCACUGAGUUGAUUGAGCUCGGGGCAGUGACACUCAUGGUCCCUGGAAAUCUACCGACUGGAUGCUCAGCAUCCUACCUAACACUAUUCAAGACUCCAAAUAUUGAAGACUAUGACCCUGUAACCGGCUGUUUAAAUUGGCUAAACGAGUUUGCUGAGUACCACAAUGAACAGCUUAAGACAGAAUUGAAUCGGAUUCGUGAGCUUUAUCCUCAUACCAACAUUAUCUAUGCAGAUUAUUACAAUGCUGCAAUGCGUAUCUAUCGUUCUCCGAACAAAUUUGGAUUUAAAAGAGGAGCUCUUACAGCAUGCUGUGGAGGGGGAGGCCCAUACAACUACAAUUCAUCAGUGGAAUGUGGCAAUCUACCUGCAACUUCUUGUGAUGACCCUUCCUUGUAUGUUAGCUGGGACGGUUUGCACCUAACCGAAGCUGCAUAUAAAUGGAUUGCGAAUGGGUUGCUUGAAGAACCAUACACCUUUCCUCCCCUUAAUGCCUCUUGCAUUUCUGCAGAUGUAACUACUGGAUAUUCUAGCGGUAUGUAGCCAAGAAAACAUAGGUUGUUAUUGUUGGGCAAUUUACUUCGAAUUUCAACAUAUUCUAGUAUUCCUUUUCCUGAAUCCUUAUCAACAUGUGACUAAUUUCACCCUUGAGUAGCGGGGCAAGUUUGUUGAA